AUGAAGGCUGAGCUAAAACUUCUCAAAAAGAAAAAGAAAUAUAUAGAGUUAGUUAAAGGUAGAUUGGAUUCAGUCAGUGAAUCUAACCUAAUAGUGAGCGUAAUUAAGGAUGUUCUAUCUUCGACAAAAGAUACGAAGAAGCAUACUGAGAUAGUCCAAAUCUUAGAUCCUUUUAUUGAUGUAGUAUAUACUACUUUUAGAAAAGAAUACAGUUCU